AUGCAAACUAGAUGGCUUGCGUUGAUGCCUGCACUGGAAAGCGUAUUGAAAAUGUUUCAGCCAUUAAAAAAUUAUUUUCUGAGCAUUGAUAAAUGCCCGAAUAUACUGAAAGAAUUUUUUGAAAAUCCCAGCUCUGAAUUAUGGUUGUAUUUUAUGCACGCACAAUCAGCUACAUUUCAUCAAGCUGUAUUAAAGAUCGAGGGCCAAAACGUGUCUGCAAUAGAUGCCGCAAAUGAAAUUAAUACGGUAUACCCAAUGUAA